AUGUUUCAAUCUUUUAAUCUUCAAUUAUUUUUAUUAAAUGAAAAACUGUGUAAUGUAUAUCCCAUAUAUUUAAAAUUGUACCAAUUUAGUAUUCGAACAAAUUCCAGUCCUGAUGUAAAUAAAUAUGUGAAAUUAAUAGGUAAUGUUUUAAAUAUUAUAAAAGGUGGCAAAGGAGCUUGUUCUUCCUUCAUUGAAAGAUGUUUCGCUUUCAUUGGAGAAAAUGCUGUAGAUACAGUUAAAACAACAGCAUUUUGUAAUCUUCCAAAGGAUGCCUUGGUCAAGCUUAUAUCUUCGGAUUACUUAGGAUUGGAGGAAGAAGAUGUAUGGAGAGCAGUACUAAACUGGGCAAAAUAUCAGGCAGGGGUGACGCAGCCUACUCAACACUGGACAGAGGAGGAGCGCGUGAGGGUUUGCCAACAUUUAUCCGGAGUGAUAAAUCAUGUUCGCCUUCUACUAAUCGACAGCCAGGUCUUUGCGGAAGAAGUAGAACCAACCGGAGCAGUGCCUAUAGAACUUUCCUUGGAGAGGUACGAAUUUUUCAAUCCCGAUCGAUCAAGUGGCUCAAAACCCAUAAGGUAUAGGUAUGCAGCGCUACCAAACAAAUAUGCAGAAAUUUGUGCAGAUAAGCGGUUACAGCCAAGAGUUAGUCCAUUUCUAUUUCCGGGGUCACAAAUUCUAUCGCGAGAUAAGAUGGGUUUCCAACGUCUUCUCAAUCAGUGGUAUGGAUCUCCAAAACAAAGUUGGCGUCUAAUAUAUCGAGCUUCUAACCAUGAUUAUUCUGCAUCAUCAUUCCACCGACAUUGUGAUGGAGUUUGUCCGACAUAUGUAAUUGCAUUGGGAACUCGAGGAGAAAUUUGUGGAGGUUUCAGUGAUGCGCCAUGGGGUAAAACAAAUGCCAAGGGUCACUAUAUUUUUUCAGAAAAAGCUUUCUUAUUCACUUUAACAAAUAAUCAAGAUGUACCUCCAACGAAAUAUGAUAUUGUUAAAAAGCCUUUUGCGCUUUGUUAUCAUCCAGAUAUUGGACCAAUUUUUGGAGCAGGUGCUGAUUUACUAAUUUCUAGUAAUUGUAACGUAAAUAAGGAGAGCUACAGUAAUCUUCCUCAUAGUUACGAUGGCGAACAUGCCUCUAAUACUGUACUUAUGGGAGACUAUCAUUUUUUUGUAGUAGAUUAUGAAGUUUUUACUCCCAGUCAUUCAGUUUCCAAAUCUACUCAUUAACAGUACUCAUUAACAUAUUCUUUUCAUAAGCUUGUACAUAUAUAAUUGCAUUUUUUUUUAAAAAUAAUAAGCUUCACAUAAUACCACGAGUAUAAUAUAAAAAUACAAAUUAUUAAAAAAAAAAAAAAUGAAUAUAUAAAAGUGUAAGUGUUUAGAUUAUAAAAAAGAAGAGUAAUUUUGAAUAUGUACAGGGUAUAAGUUUACAGAAAAUGUAAUUUUUUUAUACUAUUCAAAAUAAAUAAUAUUGCUUUUUCUAAUGUUAAUAAGUAGUCAAUGAGAAGUCGACCGAUAUUGGCUUGCAAUUAAAGACUUUGGCUCUCGAUAGAAUUAAAGUAUGCCAAACGAUACUUCGUGGUCUGCAUAAUGAGUAUUUGAUAUGCUACGGUGCAUAGACUGAUUCUCAAGGAACUUGUUAAACCACACGUUAAAUUGCCAUGUGAACAAAUGACUUCGAAAUCUAAUCUGUAUUACAGUAGCGCGUUCGAAAGUAAACGUGAAAUGUGAAAAUCCACGGAAAAAUGCGAACUACUGAGUAUGCAUUAGACUAUCAAAGGCACCGAUGACACGGAUGUAUGUUCGAUAAGUAAAAUCGUACUGAUUCUACUUAGCCUUGGUUAAAAUUUAAAUUUCGUUUUACCAUAAAGCCAUGUGACAAUUCAAAUCACGUAUCUCAAUUAACAACACAAAAUAAGAAAUUUUAUUCACGACAUUAUUUGAUACUUUCUCUUUAAAUAAUUAAUUACUUUAAAUAAUAAAUACUCACUUAUUCCCUUCAUUUUUUGCAAUGAUACGAUGAUAAAUUUGAUCACUAUUUCAACAUUUUGGAAUUUUACUUUUGGAAUAUUUGACAAAAAAUAUAACUGUCUUAUGAAACUA